ACGCGACGGUCGGUUACGCGCGAGCCUAGAGUUUGGGAGCGCGCGCUCUGUGGCUGAAGGGCAAAGAGGAGGAAAGCGGCUCCGCCACGCGAGCUCAGGACUUUUAUCACAUCUCCGCGCGAGUGGCUGGCAGAUCCGCGGCGUGACCGCUCAGCAGACUGGGGGUGAAUACUGGUUCCUGGAGCGAGAAAAAUAAACAACAGAAAAAUAUAGCGGAACGGAAAAGCUGCGCGCGUACACGGAGACGUCAUCGCGUUUGAGCUGAGCGGAGGGAGGCUGGCAGGCGCGAGCUUCAGCCAGUGUGUGUGUGUGUGUGACCUAGCGGAGGGCCACCACGAGACGGGCUGGAGAGGGAGAAGCUUAGAGGGGCGCGGGGGUUGGGUAUAAGCUUGAUAAAUGUGAAGGUCUUUUAGUGUACAUUUUAUAAUAAUAGUAAUAAUAACAGUAAGAAGGGCGUAGAGUGGCCUGCUGCUGUGUUUGUUAUUAUAACAGAGCUAUACAGCCUGGGGAGUAUAUAUAUUUUUUAUUAUUUUUAACUAAUUAAAUAAAUAAAUAAAUAAAUAGAAUUUUACACUUUAUUACAGCUAACGUGCGCCUGAGAACUCAUCUCUGUCCUCUCCUCUGUUAAAGAAGGACUACGGAGUGCGUCCGUGAACGGCUGAAUGGAUUUUUUAUUUAUUAACAGCUUAAAUUGCAGAAAAGCCUAAAAGUGCAGCUACUGCCCCUUAUUCUAAGCUAAAGAGAGGAAUAGAGGGUCUUCAGCGCGUGGCUGGAUGAGGGCUGACAGCAGCAGCAGCAUCACCACCCUCCUCCGGACACAACGAUCAGCACCACCUUCUUCAUCCACCCUCCAAACUUCCCACCUUGCCUUCUCCUGCCAGCACCAGGACCAGCACCUGCACCUGCGUCCUAUCCUGUUCCUACUCAUCACAUGAAGCAAUGACCAGAGCUAGGCUCGAACAUCGGCUCAAGGAAUCAUCAUCAUGGUCUCGGUUCCAGACUCUGGGUCCAGUGGAUGUAAAGAUUGAGCACCGCGCUUGGGGAAAGUAGUAGCCAGUGCUGUGUUAGCUAUAGCUGACUAACUACUGGAGUGAGGGGGUUCAGCCCUGUUUGGGAAGCAAGCGACUAGCCAUGGGCACAAGGCUGCAAGUUCUCCUCGGCAUGUUUCAGGUCGUGUCUCUCACCAGGAUCCCUGCACACUGUGCCAAGGCACCGUUAGCUCACUGGCAGCCCCCAGAGAGACACAGAUCAGAACAAGUCGUCAGAUGGUUGGAUGUGUACCAGCAGAGCGGCUGCCAGCCAAGGGAGACGUUAGUAGAGGUGUGGCAGGAGCUCCCGUGGGAGACGCACAACCUCUUCCUGCCGUCAUGUGUUCCGCUCAGACGCUGUGGGGGCUGCUGCUCUGACGAAGCCCUCGAAUGUGUGCCCUCACACAAAGAUACACUCAUCAUGGAGCUCAUGAAAACCUCAUAUAUGAAGCACGAACUGGUCCAGUUACCCUUCGAAGAACAUAGCCAGUGUGAGUGCAGGCUAAAAGCAGAACUUCACACAGAGCCAACCAGGGAAGACCCACGGCCAACGAGAAGAGGGAAGAAAAGGGAGAGAGGAAAACCAAAGCGAAAGAAACACGUCAAAAUAAAACCCACGACUCCUCCCCCAACAACACCUCCCCCUCCCACUCUCCCACUCAGCACAGACCCUCUGCCACUUGCUGUCGUUCAGUGCCCGCCCUGUCCUGGCCGCAGGAUGAUAUCACAGCCCCCCACCUGUGAGUGUACGUGCAGUCUGAGAGAGACGAGCUGCACAAAGAGAGGCAAGAGAUUCAACCAGCACAGAUGCAGAUGUGAGUCCAUAAGGGUAUAAUGAGGUGAGGAGUCUCUCUGUCCCCUGGUUACAAGCACAGUAACCUCAUCCAUCUUUUAAGAAGGUGAAAGGUUUAUCCAUGCUAUGUGUUGCUAUCAAGUUCUGGAGUAGGGGUCAGCCCAUCAAGAGAAGCUGGAUUCUGGGACAUGACACUUUCCCCUCCCCACUCCUGCCCCACCAUUCUCUCUCUUUAAACACAUUUAGUGCAAUGUAAGAUGCAUGUAUUCAACUCGGUAUCUGUGUCCCAAUACUGGUUGUGUGUAUACCAUGUGUCUAAUCUCACCACUGAGCUUCUAAAUCAUUUUGCUGCAGCAGUGCACCAUGCUUACCAUGAUGGCCCAUCCGUGUCUACAAUGAGUGGGAGAAAGAGAGAAGUGGAUGGUGGAGGCACUGGAGAAGGAUGUCACAUUGGCUGGCACAUACUCUUUGUCUUUGUUUAGCAUUACCCUGUGGAUAAUGCAGUACACACCAUUGGACCAAGGACAUCCAAGCCUGUCAUGCGUUAUGAUGGGCUGAAGAUUCAUUUACGUGACUACUAGAUUCAUGAUGCUUGCAAUCAUGCGAUUCAUAUGACUGAGUUUAAAGAUUUAAGAACUGGUGGAAAGGAUGUUCUGAAUUCUGAAUUGUGGAAAAACUACAUGGGUAAUUUUGGAAAUUUGAAACCCAAGAAAUGUGUCUAUUUUGCCAAAAAAAAAUACAAAAACACAAAAACGUCCUGGUCAGUAGAAAAUGUGUCAUUUGUCCUGGGCGUACAUAUGUACUGCGUCUGAUUGAGGGACUGGUAUGGAGACAUGCUGAGUGAAUGGAUGAACGCCUGUGUGGUCUUCUUAUUGAGUGAUUAAGGCAUCCGUGCAUCAGCCUUGAUUUAUUCUCGGCCUCCGUAAGCCCAUCAUGCAGCCUCGGGGGACUGUAUCAAUACAGCUUUUUGUUUAUUUGUUUGAUUAGCUUUUUCUCACUCUUUCCUUUGGGGAAUGAAUGAGUCUUUUCCUCCAGCCAGGCAGUGAGAGGAAUGUCAAUACUAAAAGAACCCUGGCUACAUUCCACUGGUGCUCACAAUACACACACACAUACAAAAAACAACCCCUCUCACCCCUUACCCAUACACUUUCUUUCUCUAAUCUUUCUUCUCAAUUCUUAAUUCAGUGUUUUAUUUUUUUCUAAUGUUUAAACUCACCUAUGCACACACUUAAUUUCUCUUAACUUCCCUUAAUUUUUCAUAUUCCUACCUCCUGUAUGUCUCAGUUGUAUGCCUCACACAUAAACAUAAAACACAGGUUAAUAUAAGCUUUUCUUUGUUAAUACUGAGAGAAGAAAUUCAGAUUUAUUUUAUUUGAUGUUUAUUUCAUAUUCAAUUGUAAUGUAAGUCCUACUAAUGUUAUUGUAGCUCUGUUAUGUUCUUUUCUUUGCCAUUUAGAGUUUUUUGUGUUUUCUGUUAAAAGAACCAGCCUGGAUGGCCUGCUGUGUACAUAGUCUUAUUCUGCCCAAGUAUACGUACACUGUCUAUGUGUCGAAACAGAAAGGCGAGAAGAAUCCAGGCCUGUAAGACAGAGGGAGAUCUGUUGAAUCAUUUGCAACCAUAAAUUUCAGCAGUAACCAUAAAAACGUGAUAAAAUUAUAUAAAUAUAAACUGAUUUAGAUGUUUAUUUGCUAGUUUUAUGGAUCUGUUGCAUUCUGCACUGACUGUAGGGUGUAUGAAAUAUAAUGUAUUUAUUUUUAUAUUGAGUUGCAUUUUAUAUUGAGCUUUUCAGUGUUGCUUUGGGAUAUUUCUUGUGACACAUUCAACUUAUAUAACUGUGAGACUAUUAUUAGCGUAUUGAGUCAGAUGAAGAGAGGAGAGUUCAGUAUUUUGUCUGAAAGUCAUACAUUGGUCACAGCCAUUUGUCAAUGCUCAGGUCCAUGAAAUUGUAAUGUUCUUUAGGUUACGGUUGUGAAUAUAUAAAUAUAUACUCUACGUAUAGGUGAAGGUAACAAGUAAACAGCAUCCACACAUUUGCUACAGCCUACCUUAAAGCCACAACUUGUAGCCUGUCCAAAAUUCACGAUGCAAGCGAAGGUGACUGAAAUUAGAUUUUGCAAUAACUGAAUGGAAUUGACUGCCCUUAGGGAGACCAUUUAUUAAGUGCAUAUCUGCAAUAAUGUAAAUAAAAAAGAUCCCUGACUGCUUGCUUCCUUCAAGCUAUAGUAGUGGAUGUUCAUUCCAUUUUUAAUGGUUUCUAUAGCCCCAUACCCCCCUGUGAACUCUCAGACCCAUUUAUUUGUGCAGCUUUGUUAUGAUAAGUUUUUUUCUCCCCUCUAUGGACCAGACACUGUGGUGUCCUGUCGUUGGCCUGAGUUCUCCCUCAAAUGACCGUAAUCCAAUCCCUGCGUAAAUUGUUCCAGAUAUCGUCACACUUUAUGUAGUGAAGUAUAUCAAUCACCCAACCACUCUCUGUACAGCUAAGCGUAGUAAACAAAAUCAUGCAAUUUACUGCUAAACAAAAUCAUGGGAUAUAAUAUAAUAAGCAAAUAAACCAACUGCAUAUAAUCUAUAUGAAUGUACUUGUCGAAAUCCAGUGUUUUUGUGCUCCUUCACUGUUGUACAGAAGGCAUAGUAGGAUUCAGCCUUGUUUGUUCAGACUUUGUCAAAAUUCAUGGCUUUGAAAGAGAGCUGAAACCAAACUAGACGCCACUCUGUAAAGCUUUACUCUAUAUUCCAUGUAACCUAUACGUGUAUAAUGGUAAUAAUCGAUAGUCUUACUGCUGCUACACCAUUUGUGCCCUAUUCUCCUGUUUGUGAACAAGUUUGUGUUACAGUGUACAAUCUGAGGGUCAGAACACAUAAUCACGAUCAUCUACGUCUACGAUGUGUAUAUAAGCUGACGUACAUUCAAUAGACAUCCAAUCAGCAACAGCCAUGAUGUAAUGUUCAAUAUACUGUACUAUUAAAGUGAAAUGUCCUAUUUUUGAGAA